GGGCUGGGGGAAGGGUCCGGUGGCUGGACCGAGACGGCUGAGGUCCGUUCAGAAUCUUAUUUUCAGCUCCUGCCUGAGCCAGUAGCAGCUGGGAAAGAAGGCGGGCUCUUUGAAGAGUGUUUGCCAGCCUCAAGAGGAAGAUGGACCUUGACGUGGUUAACAUGUUUGUGAUCGCGGGCGGCACCCUGGCCAUCCCAAUCCUGGCCUUCGUUGCCUCGUUUCUCCUGUGGCCUUCAGCACUGAUAAAAAUCUAUUAUUGGUACUGGCGGAGGACUUUGGGCAUGCAGGUCCGCUAUGCCCACCAUGAAGACUAUCAAUUCUGUUAUUCCUUCCGUGGCAGACCUGGGCACAAACCCACUAUCCUCAUGCUCCAUGGAUUCUCUGCACACAAGGAUAUGUGGCUCAGUGUGGUCAAGUUUCUUCCGAAGAACCUGCACUUGGUCUGCGUGGACAUGCCAGGACAUGAGGGGACCACUCGCUCUUCCCUGGAUGACUUGUCCAUAGAUGGGCAAGUCAAAAGGAUCCACCAGUUUGUAGAGUUGCUCAAGCUGAACAAAAAACCCUUCCAUCUGGUAGGCACCUCCAUGGGCGGUCAUGUGGCUGGGGUGUACGCUGCUUACUAUCCAUCAGAUAUCUGCAGCCUAUCCCUCGUGUGCCCUGCUGGCCUGCAGUACUCAACUGAUAAUCAGUUUGUACAACGGCUCAAAGAACUACAAGAGUCUGCUGCCAUUGAGAAGAUCCCUUUGAUCCCGUCCACCCCAGAAGAGAUGAGCGAAAUGCUUCAGCUCUGCUCCUAUGUCCGCUUCAAGGUGCCCCAGCAGAUUCUGCAGGGCCUUGUCGAUGUCCGCAUCCCUCAUAACGACUUCUACCGAAAGCUGUUUUUGGAAAUCGUCAGUGAGAAGUCAAGACACUCCCUCCAUCAGAACAUGGACAAGAUCAAGGUCCCGACACAGAUCAUCUGGGGAAAACAAGACCAGGUACUCGAUGUGUCUGGGGCAGACAUGUUGGCCAAGUCAAUCGCCAACUGCCAGGUGGAACUUCUGGAAAACUGUGGGCACUCUGUGGUGAUGGAGAGACCCAGGAAGACAGCCAAACUCAUCGUCGACUUUUUAGCUUCUGUGCAUAACACAGACAACAACAAGAAGCUGGACUGAGUCCCCAGCUGCAGCCUGCAUUCUGCAGACAGUAUCCGCUCCCAUCUCCAGAAUCUGAAACAGCCAUCACUUCUCAGGGAUCCUGCCCCAAAGGGGUUGGAGCACCAGCAUCCCUGAAGAAGCUAGGCUCCCAUCUCCCCAGUACCUACCGUUCUGUAGAGCUUCAGGGGCCCCAAGGACAUCUCCAAGAU